AUGGAUAAUCCAACAACGGCAGAGAAAUCCUCCCCGGUCGUCGCCGACAUCUUGUCCCCGGCGCAGCCUAUCCCUGACGAUGGGUUGAAGAACUUCGGCGAGGUGCGAGAGACACGGGAGGUGUUCAAGGCGCACGUCGAUGGCGUCGAGUUUCGCACCGUCAGUUGGCAAAGGGCCGCCAUUCUGUUCCUCAAGAUUCAGUUCGCCAUGAGCAUUCUGGCCGUCCCCAGCGCGUUGGCUGCUCUGGGUGCCGUCGGUGGAGCGCUCUCGAUCGUGGGCUGGGGCACUUUGAACGCCUACACGGCAUUGCUCAUUGGCGACUUCCGCCAUCGCCACCCAGAAUGUCACACCAUGGUCGACAUGUUCGGCAUUCUCUGGGGCCGGUUUGGCGCAGAGAUCGUCGGCUUCCAACUCCUCCUCCAACAGGUCCUGGUGGCCGCGGCGGGGACUUUGUCCAUAUCAACGGCCUUAAACGCCCUAUCCAACCACGGGGCCUGCACAGUGGUGUUCAACCUCGUGGCCGCCGUCAUCGUCACAUUCUUCUCAUCUGUGCGCACCUUCUCCAAGUUGGGAUGGCUCACUUGGUUCGGGUUUUUCACCUUCUUCGUCGCCGUCUUCAUCUUCACCGUGGCCGUGACCCAGCAAGACCGACCCGCCGCGGCCCCCCAGGAGGGCCCAUUCGACCUGGGCUGGAGGAGUAUCAGCUACCCUGACUUUGUCACGGGUAUGGUUGCCACGGCCAAUCUGUUCUUGUCCGAGAGCGGAUCGUCCAUGUACAUUCCGAUCAUUGCGGAGAUGCGCAAGCCGAGCCACUAUCGCAAAGCCAUCAUCGUGGCUGGCGUCGUGGUCACCAUCCUCUACCUCACCAUCAGCCUGGUCAUCUAUCGCUGGUGUGGUGUCUGGCUCACGACGCCCGUCUUCGGCAGCGCCGGCACCCUCUUCAAGAAGAUUUCGUACGGCGUGGCUCUGCCCGGCUUGAUCAUCGGGAACGGCAUCUACCAACACGUCGCGGCCAAGUACGCCUUUGUCCGCAUCCUGCGCAACUCCGAUCACCUGCAGAAAAACACCGUCGUGCACUGGUCCACCUGGAUCGGCGUCAAUGUGUCACUGGGUGUUCUUGCCUUCAUCAUGUGCGAGUGUGUCCCAAUCCUGAACUAUCUCCUGGGCCUCGCCGGCACUCUAUGCGCCGCCCCUUUCAGCCUGAUCUAUCCAGUGCUGCUCUGGAUGUAUGAUAUGAAGUCGAUCCAGACUGGGAAGAGUCACAGGGUUUUCUACAGUCUACACGUUUUUAUCGCCGUCGUUGGAGUGUACAUGGUCAUUGGCGGAACCUAUUCCAUGAUUCGUCAGAUCAUCAGCGCCUUUGCUGAUGGUACGAUUGGCGGAGUUUUCGAGUGCGCAGACAACUCCGGCACCAUUGCCCGUUGA